CUUGGAAUAUACAAAUAAGAACAGAGAAACAUUUAAAAAAUCUAAUUGAUUAUAGACGUCAAUCACACCAACAAAAUGCCUUUUCAGCAAACCUAGAACCUGUUCUUGUGCAUGUGGAAGUGCUUGCCUGGGAGAAAGAACCGGCUUCACCAGCCCCCGGGCCUGUGCCAGAGGCCAGAGGGAGCAAGGUUGGCCAGGCGGCCGUCCAAGGACGAGACGGGCCUGCCGCCGCCCACUGGUGGAAGAGCAUGGCGGGGCCCAGCCGGGUCUUGGCUCUGCAGGACCUGAGGGACCCGAGGAGGCAGAGGGACUGGAGGCAGAGCAGGAGGACAGCCCUGGGACUGAGGCCUCGGCAUUCCCUGGCCCCCGCCGGAUUUCCUGGGCUGCUGUUUGGGGCUGGCUAAUAAUUAACAGGAAACACACAGGAACGCACACACCUUCGGGGACUGAGGGCCUGUGGCGGUCGGAGGCCACCUCUGUGUUGUGUUUACAGCCUGGCCUGUGACGUGACAGAAGCACUUCGUGAGGAACUUCCUGCUGACUGCUCAGGUUGGGUCAGGAUUCUCUGGUGGCCAGACAGAAGUUGUUCCUGUGCUUGUGUGGAGAGAGGACGGAGGCCAAGAAACCUUUUGGAAACAGAGAACCUUUCCUGAAGCCCUGAAGAGAAGACCUACCUGCCAGAGGGGGAGGCCGAACAUGCGGAGAUGGAGGGCCGCUGGAGAGGCAACCUGGCCGUGCUGGUUGUCCUGGCUGGGCUAGCAGCUUCUGGAUCCAGCUACCAAAUCAUAGAAGGACCCAAGAAUGCAACGGUGCAGGUGGGCUGGGAGGCUCGCUUCAACUGCACCGUCUCCGAGGGCUGGAGGCUCAUCAUGUGGUCUCUGAACAGCACGGUGGUCCUGAGCAUUACGCCCAAGGAGCCCAUCAUCACCAACGACCGCUUUACCUCCGCGAGUUAUGAAGAGGGCAGUAACUUCAUCUCUGAGAUGAUAAUCCACGACGUGCAGCUCAGCGACGCAGGGCGUAUCAAGUGCAGCCUCCAGAACAGUGACCGGGAGGGGUCAGCGUUCCUUUCCGUCCAAGUGGUGGGGAAGUUGACCAUUCCCAAUAACAGUCUUGUAGUCGCUGAGGAUGAACCUUGUAAUGUGACUUGCGAUGCUGUGGGCUGGAUCCCACUCCCAGCUCUCUCCUGGGAGAUCGGUGUUCCAGUGAGGCAUUCAAGCUAUUACUCCAUUUUGGAUCCCAACAACCUUCAAAACGCAGUGAGCGUCCUGACCCUGACGCCACAGGACAAUGGGACUUUGACCUGCGUGGCUACCAUGAGGGGGCUGCAGGACCCCAAGUCUGUAACUGUGAACCUUACUGUGCUUCCAUCUCCCUUGGGCGAUAAUGAUGAGCCAGGUGCACCCCUGCCCACCUGGGCCAUCGUCCUGCUCGCAGUCUCGUUUUCCUUGCUUUUCAUCCUGAUCAUUGUUCUGAUUAUAAUAUUCUGCUGCUGUUGUGUCUCCGGGAAAGAGAAGAAAGAAUCUGAUUAUCAAAGUGAAAUAAGGAAAUCUGCAAAUGUGAACACCAACAAAGAAACUUUUGAGACAAAGUUAAAAAGCGGAAAUGAAAACUAUGGAUACAGUUCAGAUGAGCCAAAGACCAUAAGUGAUUGGACAGGUGGGGCAGUAGAAAGACCUCGAAGGGAGAAUUUUGGGGAGAAGGGCUGGCUAACCAAACACCAGCUUCGCAAGGCAGAGGCGGCUUCUCUCCCUCCAAAGUCUUAUGAACCCAGUGUUCCAGAAAAACACAGCAGUGGGCAACCUCGUCAGGAGCCUGAUCACCAUCAGCCCAGCUCAGCAAGUCGCCCACAUGUCACCUUUUAUAUGGCCAGUCCUAAGAAGGUCAGGAAUGUGACGUUAGUAUAGUAAAGUCCGUUGGACACCAUGUUGCACUUCGUUGGUGACUUACGUUGUGACGAUGUCAACAUUCCUCUCCGUUAUCCUAAGUCUGGGCUCCAGCAAUGUCAGCUUGCCUGGGAGAAGCCAUGCUGGAACCAUCAGAAUGGAUAUUGUACAGCCAGAGAAGGAAUUGAUUUUCCAAGCCUACAAAGUAGAACCGACCUGUUCGUGUGUUUCAAGAUUUCGGUGAAUUCCAUCAAGCUGUUAAGUAAAAGCUGCGAAUUCUUCAUGAUGUUUCUCAUCACUGCACACUCCUGUUUGCUAACCCCAAAAGUCUAGAAGCUACCAUACUUUUAAAAUGUUUGAUUAUCUUAAAUCAUAUGAAGAUUAUAUUUAUGUAUGUUUACUAUAUGGGCAUUAUUGUGUAUUAACAGUGAAAAAUAAAGAGGAUAAAUAUUAGGAUCCAUCAGACAUCUAAAAUUGCCUGGAAAAACCAGAACUCAUUGGUUAAAAAUAAGAUUAAAUUCUACAGCUGGUGUUCACCUGGCUAAAUAUCUCAUCAAUGGGUAUUUACAUGAAGACACUCAUUUUUAUCUGAUCCCUUAUCAGGCUCACUCUUAUGGAUUAGGCUUCGUAUGGGGUGUACUUCACAUACCACAAAUGCCGUGACAAAACUGGAAAUGGGUAAUGUGUUCUUUAUAAAUAAAAGAGAAAACACCAAAAAGCUUA